CUGCGCAAUGACAACACAACAGGAACAACAACGUGCCGAAGAACGAGUGUCUCACAUAGAGGGAUAUAUAUUAACGCGUCCGUGUUUUGUUUGCCCAUUUGUUUGUUUGUUUUACCAUAUAUAUUCCACCCCAAACAAGUAAAGAAUGCCUUUCCUCGGACAGGACUGGAGGUCGCCCGGACAAUGUUGGGUUAAAACCGAGGAUGGAUGGAAAAAGACAGUGGACGACAAAAACAUCAUCUCCGUGGAGAGCUUCUGCGAAACCGAGCAGGAGUGUUUCAACAAGGAGAACUUGCUGCUUUCUCUUGGCUAUGACAUGGCUGCCAAGAAGAGGAAAAAAGACAUCAUGAACAACAACACCAAGGCCCCAUAUUUCCACAGGGAAAAGUGGAUUUAUGUUCAUAAAGGAAGCACCAAGGAGCGCCACGGAUAUUGCACCCUGGGGGAAGCCUUCAACCGCUUGGAUUUCUGCAGCGCCAUCAAGGACACAAGGAGGUUCAAUUAUGUCGUCAGACUGCUGGAGCUUAUCGCCAAGUCACAGCUCCCCUCACUCAGCGGCGUGGCUCAGAAGAACUACAUGAAUAUUUUGGAGAGAGUGGUGCAGAAAGUGCUCGAUGACCAGCAGAACGUGCGUCCCAUUAAGGAGCUGCUCCAAAUGCUCUAUCGCUCCCUGUGCAGCCUGGUUCAGGACAUGGGCAAGUCAGUGCUUGUGGGGAACAUCAACAUGUGGGUGCACCGCAUGGACAACAUCCUGCAGUGGCAGCAGCAGCUAAACAACAUUGAGAUCAACAGGCCAACAUCAACGGGCAUGACGCUAAUGGAGCUGCCCGCCAGCCUGCAGCUGAAUAUCAUGCAGCGACUGUCAGAUGGCAGGGACUUGGUCUGCCUGGGCCAAGUCUGUCCAGAAUUGGGGGGCCUUGCUGAGGAUCGCCUACUCUGGAAAAGACUCUGCCACUACCACUUCACAGACAGACAGAUCCGAAAGCGCCUGAUGGUGUCAGACAAAGGUCACCUGGAAUGGAAGAAGAUGUACUUCAAGCUCAGCCGCUGUUAUCCGCGGCGAGAGCAGUACAGCGACACUCUGCACUUCUGCUCACACUGUCACAUCCUUUUCUGGAAGGACACAAAUCAUCCCUGCACUGCCAACAACCCAGAAAGCUGCACCAUGGCCCUGUCCCCUCAAGACUUCAUCAACCUUUUUAAAUUCUGAUGCCAGCCACACUCCGUGAAAUAUAUUGAAACAAAGUGUACAUACUGUAUGUAAACAUGUGUUUUAUUUCAUCUAGUCUGGCAUGUAUAUAUUCAGAUGAUGUGACUCGAUGGCAGUCAGGCAGUGGGACAAAUAUGCAAUUUGAGAUUUAGGUUUCUUUACUGUUUAAAGGUAAGAGGCCGUCGCUUUGAAGUGAGUGAAAGAGAGUUACGUAAUGUUGAACAAUAAUCCUUGUGCAGGAAGUGGGAGCAGUCGAAGUGAGGAAAUGCAAAAGUAUGAAUUUGUUGGUUGUAGUUUAUUUCAACAGGCUGUGAAUUUGUCGUGGCGAGUACCCUGCGUUGUGGUCGCAGCAAUCCUGGCUCAAAUCCUGGUCAUGGCAUGUGCCAAGACCAUACUUGACAUCUUGCCGUACGAUUGGCUGGCAACCGGUUCAGGGUGUCCCUCGCCUCCUGCCCAAAGACAGCUGGGAUAGGCACCCCCGCGACCCUUGU